ACAACCAGUGGGAGGGAUUUUGAAAUACAGCCCUUCAGCAACUCUGAGGAAAACCUCCUUAAAUGUAGAGGUGUACUGUAUUAACAGACCAAUUUGUGUCAUCCUGUCAGAUGAGUCCACCCAUCAGAACGUUUGUCAUUUCCUCCACUGUGCCAUGGAUGGUCUGCAACCUCUUUUCAUCUUGCUUACUUUUAUCUGGCAUAUCAGAGGAAGUCUAGGCUGCUUAUGUGAUCGCUACCCAUGGACUGCAUGGACAAGCUGUUCCAAAACCUGCAAUUAUGGAACUCAGACCAGGGAAAGGGAAAAGGUCUACGAUGAUUAUUACCACAAAAACUACUGUUCCCAGCUUUGCACCUUCUCUGAAACCAGAGCAUGCAAUCAGGAAGCAUGUCCCAUCAACUGUCUGCUAGGGGAUUAUGGACUCUGGUCUCAGUGUUCUCCUUGCGCUAGAAAGAAGUUUCGGACAAGGCACCUUUUGAGGCCCACACAGUUUAAGGGCCAGCCCUGCAGUGAGAUACUGACUGAGGAAAGAAAUUGUUACCCAACAGAGCUCUGCAGCAUCAAAGAGAUGGACUGCAGCACAAAGUUCUCCUGUAAAAAUGGUCGCUGCAUUCCCCAGACGUUGGAGUGCAAUGAUGAAAAUGACUGUGGAGACAGGUCAGAUGAGGAGUACUGUGCAGGUGUUAAAAAAGUCUGCAAUCAAAGAUUUGAAACCAUCCCAAAUGUUCAGCUGAUGGGCAGUGGGUUUGAUAUUAUGGCUGAAGAGAUCCGAGGUGAGGUUCUUGACAACACGUUCUACGGGGGUCAGUGCAACCUGACCAGAAGCAAAGACAGGAAAUUUUAUAGACUGCCAGCAAAUAUAGAAAAUGUUGUUUUCAAGGUAGAAAAACUUGAGGAUUAUAAAAUAGAGUCUGAGCCAGAUACCAAUCCUGUCAAUCUGGCCUCAGAACAAUCGACCAGUUCCAGUUUUUCUGGAACAAGAUCAGAAUUUCGAGGAAUUCCGCUACUAUUCUCCAAACGCACCAAACAAAAUUCAUGGGGCUCCUCAUUCUUCAGGACAGCUGUGAAAGCAUCCCAAAAGAAAGAUUCCAAAUUCUUCCGUGUUCAUCAUGUGGUAGGAGUGUCCUCGUUCAGGAUGAAGUCAUCUGACCUUUACUUGUCUGAUCCAUUCCUGAGGGCCUUGAACAGUCUUCCCCUGGACUACAACUAUGCAUUAUAUAUUAAAAUAUUUCAGCUCUUUGGAACCCAUUAUUUUUCCUCUGGAACACUGGGGGGCAGAUAUGACAUCCUUUACCAGUAUGACCGGGAAGAACUAAAAAAUUCUGGUUUCACAGAUAGCGAGGCCACCGAUUGUAUCAGAUCUGAGACCAGCAGAAGAAUUUUUUUUUUUAAGAGAACAACGGUCAGAACAAAAUGCAUUACAAAUAAGAUGUCGGAAAGAUAUGAAGGUUCCUUUCUGAAGGCAUCUGAGAAGUACAUGUCCAUGGUGGUGGGUGGGAGGGCAGAGUACGCAGCUGCUUUGGCUUGGGAAAAGAAGGGAGUACUUCCAGAAGACACUGUAUUCAAGAACUGGAUGGAGUCAACCAAGGAUAAUCCAGUGUUUGUGGAAUAUGAGCUGACCCCCAUCCUGAAGUUGGUGAGAGGCAUUCCUUGUGCGCUGACAAAGAGGAGGAACCUAGAGAAGGCUCUUGUUGAAUACCUGGAAGACUUUGACUCAUGCAAGUGUGCACCCUGCCCCAACAAUGCCAAGCCUGUUCUGUCAGGCACUGAGUGCUUGUGUAUCUGUCAGAGCGGAACCUAUGGAGAUAACUGUGAGAAACGGGCACCUGAUUAUACCUCAGAUGCUGUGGAUGGAUACUGGAGCUGUUGGGCACCAUGGAGCACCUGUGAUUCCUCUACGAAGAGGAAGAGGACACGGCAGUGCAACAACCCUUCCCCUCUGCUGGGUGGUAAGCCCUGUGAAGGUGACAGUCAGGAAGAGGAAGAAUGUUUCAUCUCCAUUUUCCAGCAGAAAGCUGAGUGUAUUCAUGAUAAUGAAGGAGAAAAAGAGACUGAUGUCCCACCUGAAAAGGGCAAGUCUGGUUGUUCACGGCCCAACCUGCCAGAAAACAGCUACCUAAGAAUAAAUAAGAAGAGAUAUGAUUUUGGAGAACAUGAUGAAUUUGUCUGUGUCACUGGUUUUGAAUUAGAUGGAUAUCCAUACACCACAUGCCUACCUGAUGGCACAUGGAAAAUGCAAUCAGUUCAAUGUAUCAAGAAGACCUGCAGCAGACCAGCUGUGCCUAGUGAAGUUUCUAUAUCUCCUUUUAAAGAGGAUUACAGUAUUGGGGAGAGCAUUUUUCUCAGCUGUGGUUUGGGGCUCACUCCUUCUGGACCAAGUUAUUUCGAAUGUAGAAAAAGCCUUUCCUGGGAACCCUCUUUCCCCAGCCAGAUAAUCUGUGAAACUGAAAAGCCUUUUGUUUCUGAUGGGAGCUGCAAAUUAGGGGAAAAACAGUCUGGCUCCACAUGUGUUUGCAUGUCCCCAACAAAGGAUUGCCAAUCUUAUAGAGAAGACAUCUGUGUCUUAGAUGUACAAGCAGACAGUGCUGUGAUGAAAUCAUCCUGUGCUUUUCAUGCUGGGAGAUGUCAAGGAGAACAGCUACAUUUCCUGAAGACUGGUGCUUGUGAUAACGAUGAGCUCAGCCUCAAUUGGGCGAAAUUCAGAGCCAGUUUGUCUGACAGGAGUGAGAAAAAAGAGUCCUGUGGCUAUAACACCUGCUAUGAGUGGGAAACAUGCACCGACUCAAAAUGUGAGUGCCUGCGUCCAUAUGAAUGCCCCAAGGAAGGGAAACAUAUUUUCUGCGUGGAAACCGUGAAGUCAAAAACCAAAAGGACUUCGAAUCUUUGCUUCCUUGGUGCAAUGAAAUGUGCAGCAAUCCAAAUGAACAUUCUGCAUGAUGGGGAAUGCUAAAUAAUUUUGCUUCAUAUAAAAUUUGGUUUCUCUUCUGAGAAAGACUUCUGGAUUUUGAAGUACUACUGAAAAUCCACACACUGAGUAGUCAUUCAGAAGUUCUGUCAAAAUUCUAAAUGUUUUUUUUUUGUAAUAAGCAGACUUCAUUGAAAAAUAUUGGAAAGCUAAAUGGUAAAAUAUAUAUAUAUAUUUCUAAAGAUCGACCUUUUAUACAUGUAAGAAAAAUAUUUCCAAUGUGUUCUCAAACAGAUUUUGGCUCAGUGCUACAUAGUUAAUAGCAUUAGUAUUUCCUUUCUCAUUUUUUAUCUAAAAAGUUCUCUUUCAAAAGCAGCAUUAGUCCAUACGCAUGCUUUUCUAUUACAUUUACGCUUUGCUAUAUAGUAUGUAUUAAUGAUCAUUUAUAUACAAUGUUGUGUAGAGUAGUACUGGUAUUGCAAUGCUAUACUCAUUUUGUUUUAAAUAAAGAUCUUAUUAGGUACAGUAAAUGUCUCUGGGUAAAAGCCAAUAAACCUUUAAUUACUACAUUUA